UAUGUCAUAUUGCCUUUAAUUAAUCUGUAUAAACUCUGUCAGUGUGAUUAAUUAAUAUUAAUUAAGUGUGUCGUCACAUUUAUCUGGUCUUUUAUUGAGUGUUUGUGUCGAUAACAGAGUGUCAUCUCUGCUAGCUUUAGUUAGCUAGCUUUAGCUCGUUAGCUAGUUUGGGGCAUAUGGAUCAACUUAAAGUUACUUUACCUGAUAAUUUAUGUUUCUUAUCUUAUUUUCAAAACACAUUUGAAUAUUUUACAGGCAGAUAUAGCUCUCUGUGCUCAUUGUCCGUUAUGUGCAGCCUGUUUUAAUUCUUCCUCGUCUUCUUAGAGUUUUAGUUUUACACAAAAAUAGGCUUGAAAAGAGUUUCUCACCAUAUAUUUCAAUCAUUAACAGACAGGUAUUAGUCUCUGUUGUUAUUGUUUGUGUGCAACCUUUUUUAAAUUCUUUUUGACCUGCUAAGUCAGAUGUUUAACACAAAAUAGGCCUGUAAAUUAUAUUUAAUAAUGUAUUUUAGUUAUUUACAGACAGGUAUUAGUCUCUAUUUUUAUUGUUGCUUGUGUGCAACCUUUUUUAAUCCCUCUAAAUGUUCAUUGUCAGUUGUUUUAGACAGAAAUAGGCUUAAAAAGUAUUGUUCAGGAUAUAUUUCAGUCAUUUAUGAGCAUGUAUUUUAUUUCUUUUGUCCUUGUUGUUUGUGUGCAGCCCCUAUUAGUUAUUCUCAGUCUGCUAAGUCUGAUGUUUAACACAAAAAAACCUGUAUUUGAUGACAUAUUUUGAUAAUUUACAGGCAGGUAUUCGUCUCUGUUGUCCUUGUUGUUUGUGUGCAACCUUUUUGAGAUCCUCUCUGACCUGCAGAGUCAGAUGAUUAACACACAACAGGCCUGUAAAAUAUAUUUAAUCAUGUAUAUUAAUAAUUAACAGACAGGUAUUAGUCUCUAUUGUCCUUUUUGUUUGCAUGCAGCCUGUUUUUUCAUUCUUGCUCGAUGACUUCCUCAUGCCAGCAUGUCAAUCAAGUGUGGCUGCUUUCACUUCUUGGCAACUCUUAUGAGUUUGUCGUUCAUUACAGGCUUUAAUGAGACUAAAAGAAGUCUUGCAGCACUAGUUGUGAGAUUGUCUGCAUGAAAUGUGUUUUAUAAACUGAAACAAAAGGGAAAUACACUCCUUUUCCCAUCACAACUGCAGGAUGGCUGGUCUUCACUUUCACUUUCGGUUUCAUUGAGUAAAAAGUCCUCUAACCGCAAACACUGCAGACAGAGAUCAAGUUUCCUUAAUGGACUUUUUGGGUACUUUCACAUCUCACAUGUAGUAAAAGGGUAAAUGAGGCCGAGGUGCCUCCCCAGCUGAUGCAUUCACUGAGAUGGAGGAAUGUGUAUUAACCCUUAAAACACCACUCUGAUGCAAAUUCAUUCUUUUCCGCCUAUUUUAAAACAGGAUUUGUUGUAGUCUUUGUGAUCAAUAUGAGACAAUGAUAACACAGAACUACAAGUCACUCAGCCGGAUAGGGAAAUGGUCGCCUCACCACUUCACCAGCACCAGCUACAGCCCUGACCACAUAGACGAACAACACCAUCUCUGCACCAUAUUACAGCAGUACUUCAUUUGACUUAUGACAGUAGCUUCUUUAUUUAACGUUACUGUAACUGCAGAUCACUUAAUGAUUUUGUAUUUUAAUAGUCUACAGUAGUUUAGAGGAGAUUUCAAAAUAUUGAGAUUUAUAUCAUGUAUCACAAUGUAGCCUAAACAUAUUUGGUGAUAUUAUUUUUAAGCCCUAUCACCUCGCCCUACUCCCUGUACACACACGACUGUGUAGCCACUUCAGACUCCAACAACAUCAUGAAGCUUGCUGACGACAGCUGUGGUGGGCCUGAUCACAGAUGACAGUGAAAAGGCAUACCUGAAAGAAGUUUAGGAUCUGACCUGCAGGUGUCAGUACAACAACCUCCUCCUGAACAUCAGAGAGACCAGUGAGCCUGGCGUCAACUUUGAGGAGAAGCCCCCUUAAUAUCAAUGGAUCCUUGGUGGAGAUAACUUCAAGUACCUCAGGGCCUGACCUGGGCACUGAGGAAGCUCCUUCACCUCAGACGCCUGAGGAAAUUCUGGGUAUCCCCUGCACUAUCGAGAGCGUCCUGACGAAUGUCACAGCCUGGUACAGAUACAGCAAAGAACACAUACUGAAUAGUCAGUGCUCUGCCAUUCCCAAAGAAUUUGUACACACCAGGCACUGUGGGAAUAAGGCCAGGAGAAUCAUUGAGGAUCCAAACCACCAGAUAACAGUCUUCUCUUGGGAAGAAGGUACCGUGAGAGGGUCAAGAAGAACAAGGAUCCGAAAUGAGAUGUCAUUCGCCAGCGACCGGCUGUACAAUGAAUACGUGCGGCGGAAAAUGCCGACCUUUGUGGACAAAGUGGACGUGGGAGAAAUCAUAUACCAUCUACCGUGCCUGACGGCUCAUGACAGGGAACACAUUGAGGCGAGGAGACAGAAUCGUGGGAACCGUGAAGGCGUGGUGAUGCUUCUGGACUGUCUGAAGAGGAGAGAAAACUGGCCGGAGCAGUUCAUCGAGGCCCUCGAGGCGUGUGAGCAGUGUACCCUGGCAGCUGAGAUGAGAGCAAAGUACAACACUCUGAGAGGCAUCAGGCAGGCUGCUGUUGCUCCGCCAGCUGAAGUAUCAGCUCCUCCAGAGCCAGCUGAAGCAUCAGCUCCUCCAGAGCCGGCUGAAGCAUCAGCUCCUCCAGAGCCGGCUGAAGCAUCAGCUCCUCCAGAGCCAGCUGCCCAGGCCUCACCCCCUGUGCAGCCACAAGCCCCCCAGAGCUCAGCAGCCCAAGUUCCUGAGGCUGUUUCCCCACCUGAGCCUGUCCCAGAGCCUCCACAGUCCACUCAGGCUGAAGUGGCACCUCCUCCAUCAACACCUCCUCCUUCCCCUGCCACCCCACACACUCAGCCCACUACACCCCCACCUCCUCAGAGGAAGACUAAUUCUCACCAGGAGCCGGUGGAGAACUCUGAAUCAGACAUCCAGGAUGUCUCUGCUGAUGAUGUUGUGAUCCCUGAUCAGGUGAGCGCAGGAAACAGAGAGGUAUCCAUCAGCUCUGUGGACGCUCCUCAACCAUCCCAUCCUGUUGAGCAGUGUGAAACAGACACUGCGUCCCCAGAUCCUCUCCAAACAACAACCACCUCCACAGAGGUCAGUCCACCACAGAGUCCCUCUGCAGCUCAGAUGAACUCCGAUGUGACCGAUGGAUCCUCUUUCCUGACCCUGACCCCAGAGAGGCCUCCAGUCCAGGACACCAGCCCUCCUGGGGACUUCAAAGCUGUCCUGCAACCUGAAGAGACGUCUGAACCUCCUGCUGCACAGGUUGUUGAAAGCAGCCCGCAGACAGAAGCUGCAGCAACCACCUCCCCCCCGCCUGGUGCUGCUGGGAUGGGUGCCCCUCUGUGUGAUGACAGCUCUGUGUGUCUGAGUAAACCUGGCCCACUCAUCAGUGUCCACCCACUAAAUCACAGCAGCCCUACGAUCCCUGCACAAAGCUUGCCGGUGCCGCCCUACUCCGGUAAUAGUGAGCGUCUGGAAAUAAGCAGUUCUGUGUCGGAUGCUGUGACCACUGCCCAGAGUUCUACAUGCUCCUAUGUCAGCUCCACCACCGUGACUACAGCGUCUGCACCGCCAUGCCAGGAGACCGGCAUCACUCUGAACCAUAACGAACCGGAGGAAAACCACUACGAGUCUCCACGUAACAGUUUGGGAAUGCAGUCAGUGCAGGAGCACGUGGGGCACGUAUCUGAGGAGCCGUCUAUCCUUAACCUCGACGGCCAAAACUUGACACCACAAGUUCCAGCUGUUGGCAGUGAAGCAGCCAAAGAGAUGACCUCUGCUCCACCACUGUCCAACACUGCUGCUGAUACUGUACCGAGUGUGAACACCUCCUGCAGUGAGAACCACCACCCGUCUGAGCCUACACCCACUGAUCUGUCAGCAGAGCAGAAGACACUGCAGGAUUCAGAGGAGAAGAUGGCCUGUCGCACCCUGACACCUAAUACAAAGUACAUUCUGAUCGCUGCAGGAGUGGGCGCCUGUGCACUGCUGAUGGCGUGGAGGUUUAAGCAUUAAGGGGAAGAUUUGGCUUUAAGGCUUUUUAAAGAGGAUCUUAAGGUUAUGGUGCCUUAUUGUAGUCACUGGACUGGGAUGGCGUGAGGCAGCUGUUUAACAAUUACCAUGUCGUUAAUUACGAGUAGGGGUGCCGGGAUAUUGUCAAUAACCACGAUUUUUAAAAAUGAAAUACUGAUAUCAUGGUAAAAAAUACACAGAUCAUAUUGUGUAAACAAUCCCACAGCUCUUAAAUAAUUUCGGUUUAAGUAUUCUCGCUCUGUCUCUCGACCUUAACGCCACCUGGUUGCCUUUUAACUAUCCGUUAAGUGUAACUGCUCCUUUUGUACGAUGUUGUAAAGUUACGAAUGUGCACUUGUGUAGCACCUUUCUAGCACUUUUACACUACGUGUCACAUUCACACAUUCAUACACUGGUGGCUGGGGCAACCGUACACGUUGCCACCUGCUGCUCAGUUAUACAUUUACAAGCACUCUCAGGGUGCGGUCACACAUGAGUGAUACAAACACCACCGAAAAUUCGCCUUCCGUUUAAUGUGAGCAGAACGGUGAAUUAAACGUUCACAUCAGGUGGCAAAGCAAAUUCCCAUCUUUGCAUCGCGUUGAGUUCAACUUGGGUGAACUUUGGCCCGCGGAAUCGCAGCCUCAGCCAAAAGACUCUUCACUGUUAGUAAACAGUAUGAUGUUUCUUGGUGGGUGGGGCUUAGCUGGAAGCAAACAAUUCGUCACAGACAUUAGCUAGCGCUAGUUAGCACGUUCUGUGGUGCAUUCAGAGAUACUAACUCCAAGUGUUGGAGCGCACUCUGGACACUCUGUCUGUGGAGAUGCACCAUGUCAGGUCACUCACUCUCCGGGACCGCCAGUGUUACUUGAAUAAGUAAACACUGACCAACGGGACCAGACUGGCCGACCCGUAUGCUCUCACUCAGUGGAUGGAUGAUGUCACAGGAAGCCAAUCUUACAAAGGAGGACCACACUUGUUUGUUUUGCUAUGGAAGCUAACGUUAGCUAAUGUGCUAAAAAGUUAGCGUUCCAGAGAAAUCCAAUAUUCCUCUUAAUCCCUCCCCAGUUUCUGAUGAGGUGGACAUGAUAACCCUUAAUACACAUAACCUUAUUCAUCCCUACAACAGGAAAUACUUUUUCCCUAACCUGAUAUGAAGUGUGCGCUGCACAUGUGAGCAUUUUUGAUGAUGGCCUCCGUCCAGUCCUUUGGUCUUAUCACAUUUAACCAUAGUUGUCUUUGUUUUUGUUGACGGGCAGUGGCGGCUGGUUUUGAGCCAUGACUCCUUCUAUUCUGGCUCCCAAUAACACAACAAGACAAACACAUUUUAACACUCCUAUGGAGCCUACAGCCCUGUGGGGGAGAGGCAGCUGCACCUCCAGGUGAUAGCUUUCUGUGUCGGCCACGUCAGGCACUGCCCACAUUCAGCACAACUACCAUGUGUGACCGUGCCCUCACUUGGGAGCAGUUUGGUGAAGGAGGAGUCAGGAACUGAACUGCUGAUCUUCAGAUUAGUGGACAACCUGCUCCACCUCCUGAGUCAUGGUUACAGACUCUCUCCACCUUCAUACACUCGUGUUUUCAGUAGGGCUGCCCCCUGAAAGUCAGAGAUUCGAAUCAUCAGUCGGAGACCCCUUAGUCGACUGAGAAUCUUCAAGUCGAGCAGUUUUCUCUUUUUUUGUCAGUCUGUGUGCAGUGUGCUUCUGGGGAUGUUUCAGUCCCCAGAUUUAGCUGCAGAGUGAGUGCUCCUCACUUUCAUGCUGCGGACACAGAGACAGCUGACCCUAAAGAAGUAGAGGCUUUGCCCCUGUCAGGCUACAGGAUAACGUUAUCUUCUGCCUUCUUUUAAGGAGGCAUUCAUUCAUUCAUUCAUUCAUUCAUUCAUUCAUUCAUUCGACACAGUCUCUGGCUUUUGUUUGACAUUUCCAAUCAGUCUUUAGCCCAGUUGGCUUGUUUACUAUUCAGUGUGAAUGUCACUGUCACCCUGAACGUCCCACUGAACCCAGUUCAAACCAUCAAACUCUUAUCUGUUAAAAGAGGAACAAAUAGUUGAAUAUUCAUGUGAAACAGAUAAAUCUGAUUGAACUGAGAUAAUCCUGAGUCGGGUACAGCUCUAAUUUUCAGUGUUAUUUAUUCACCAAAAAGACAAAAUGCACUAAAGAAAUUAAAGAUUCAUUUAAAUCAUAGUAUUUUUCUUUUUCAAAUUUUGUAUUGAUAUUGCGAUAAAAUCGUCAUUGUAAACUCUUUUGGCCAAGAUAACCAUGUAGUAAAACUACGAUGUCGUGCCAGCCCUCAUCACAAGCAUGUUGUAAAGUUGCACCAUGUUUUAUCACUUUAGUGUUGAACGGAGUCGACCCUGGUGAGCAAAAACCAAAUCUACUCUCUAAUUGAGAGCUUCAUGAAACUGAGAUGAGAUCUCAGGUUAUUUAUGCACUUGUUGCAAACCUGUGGUUUGUGAAGAUGCACUGAUGCUGUGUAUUAAUGACAGAAACAAACUGAUAUUAUAAAAAAUGUACAAUAAAAAUGUGUUGUAUUUUACAGGCUUUCACGGCUCCAAGUUUUGAGACCACUGGUCGGAUCAAACUGACUGAGCUUUCUGUCAAUCAUCUGGUGUCAAAUGUCUGAGAUGAACUUUAAGUUUUACAUAAGUUUUCUUCUCCUUUAAAUAGAAUCAAGUUUGAGAAGUCAUGUUCUGUGAGAUAAGAUUGUUUUCAGAACAGUAUUGUCAGUAUCAGAAAUGUCAGGAAAGAAAAACUUAAAUUUAGAAAGUUUUGCACAUAUGAAGAGGAUCUCUGAGCUGCACAUAUUAAAUGUAUUGUCAUUUAUCUCAAUUUGGUUGCUCUCUGUCUCUCUGUACAUUUUGAAUGUGCAUGUUGAAUAAAAUAAUAUAAAUA